CUCCGCGCUUAUUCCUCUUCUUUCUCCCGGUGGCGUAGUAAGUUCCAUCGAUUGGUGCAUCGAGUUCGUUUGUUCCGUAAUGUGUACCGCGUGCGCUUAAUUCUUCGUUUAUAAACUAAAAUUCACGUUUUAUCAUAGAAGAAAGCAUACAUUGUUUGGCUUUAUAUUAUAUUAUUGGCAACUUUCUUCAAAGGUUAAGUUGCCAGUUCGAUUUUCGUCCAUCGAUCUGUCGACACACAGAGGAAUGCCAAAGGACUGCCGAGACUGUUUGGGUAUCAGAUACCGCAUCAACACCCUGGAUCACACCUGGAAGUGGCUGCACCAGACUCCAUCCCUUCACGAUUAUCUUAUCUCCAUCACUGCCAGUGAAGCUAAUUUCAAUUCUCUGAUCUGUCGCUGUGUGUGCUAAAUUACCUUAUUUUCUUU